AGGAGCUCCAGUGUGAGCGAGCUCCAUUUCUAUCUGGCCUCCCCACUGCGCUGCUGGUAUGGCUGACUCUCCCCUUAACCACUCCUGGCCCUCCUUCUCCAAACUCUGGAUGAAGAGAUGGUCUUUCAAGAGAGGAUCAGAGUGCAAACCAUGUAAUCAGCCCUGUGGGUCUCCCACUGCCCAGCUCAGUGUCCAGCCUCAUGAGCCCAGUGGGACAGCAUCUUGUCCCUCCUCACUGUCCCCUGCUUCUAUCGCUGAGGAUGUCUUCUUUGGCACCAACGAUGAAGACGAGGAUACAUAUUCAGUAGUCAGUGACUACGACUGCCCGUGUGCAGAGGUGAAUACCAGUGUGGAGGACCUGCUUAGCUCUUCUCUCAAAGACUCUGAGUACUUUAAAGACCUGGAGGGAGGGAUACCGGCUUUACAGUUUACUGCACCUCCAGUAACCACAGUCCCAGAGAGCAAAACCCUAACUGUUACAAGACAAGUGUCUCUAAACACAGACAAUCCUGCCAUCAACGAACCUUUGACCACACACUCGCCUCAGGUCAAUGCUCCACGUCCUGCCUUUUAUAUACAUGCUGCAGAGGAACCUCAUCACAACUUUGUGGUCACUCAGCUGAGUCCUAAAUUAUUGCCAGGUUGUAUCAUUGACAGUAGUGACUCCUCUGGCCCUGCAGUCGGUCUUAGUUUGACAAUUAAUCUGAAUGGACUAUUGGGAACAAUGGAACCGGAAAAAGGAAUAACAGAAUCAGAGGAAGUACAGGAGGAAACCUCUAUGGAUUUAGACGGAGAAAUAGACCUGGACAGCUUUCCAAUUCUGGUCAGAUCCAUGUCAACAUCUCGGAGGCACAGCUGGGGUGUCCCUAUGUCCCCCAUUAACCUGGGCAGGAGACUGAGUCUGGAUACCAUGAACAUGGACAGCGAUGGAGAGAAAGAGGAUAAUGAGGAGGGAGAGAAAAGUAUCUCCCAGUCCACCCAGGAGCAGUCCAACAACUGCACAGCAUGUCCUGAAGAUGAGAUAGAUGGUCCCAAGCUGAGGUUCCCCUGCCCAAGAGCCAGGGUCACUAGCAUGGCCGGUGGUGUGCCUCGCAGGCAGCUGUACUCCCGCUCAGAGAUCCUUGCCACAGACGAAUGUUCGCGUGCUGCACACAUUUCUCGUGUUGUACAGACAUCCAAACAGGCUGCACGUGCAGCAGGAGCAGAGGAGUUUGAUCCUGAGGAAAACCUACAUUCUACUGAAGGGCAGAGCCAUAUAGCGAAACAGAGGAACAACAGAUCAGAGACCAAAGAGUCAGGAAAUGUCACCUGGUACGAGUUCCUCUCUAAAGAGAAUGACGACGACGAGGAUCGUACGGAGAAGGUGGAGAAAGGCACCAAGGUGAAGAGGACUCUCAGCUCUCUGAGGAACAGGGUGACUGGCUCUUUCAAUAAAGAUAAGGGUAAGAACAGAGAAAAAGAGCAGCAGAAAGAGAAGGGGAAGGAAGCCAAAGAGAAAGUGUGCAGAAGCGACAACACGCAUGAUUUGAUGCCAGGCUCUUUCUCCAGUUGUGCCACCUGCUCACUGUGCAGCAAGACCCUGCAGAAAAAGCAUGGCCUGCAGUGCAUGAAUUGUGCCGUGAACGUUCACAAGAGCUGCAAGUCUCUGCUUGGUGAGUGCACCAGCAGCAAGAAUAAGAGAGAUUCUCUACAUAGGACGGGCCCAUCGGGAUCUCCUAACCUUGUGUUAAAAGACCGGGACAGAGAGCGGGAGCAGUUAGGCCCAGCCUCAUCACAGGUCCUGGAUGGCCACCAAGGUUUUCUCACCACCCCAGGCAUGACCAUUAGUCCAUGGGGAUCUAGUACUCAGCCGACUGCCGCCCAUACCACCAGCUCCACCGCAGCCCCUGCCUCCAGCUUUGGCCACAGUCUCCAUCACAACAACAGCUCAGGAUCCCUCCCUGGGGAGAUGGAUGAGACAGAUGCUCUCCGCUCCAAACGCUGCAACGACGAUGCCAUUUCUCUCGCUCCCUCCACUACCGAGUCCAUCAUCGUUGAAGAUCCUUACUAUGUAGCAGUGCGGGCUGAUCUGGAGUGUGAUGCGCAGGACUUGGAGGCGGAGUCGUGGAGUUUGGCAGUUGACCAGCAGCAUGUUAAGAAGCUCUCCAAAGAAGCUGUGAAGAGACAGGAUGUGAUAUAUGAGUUGAUGCAGACGGAGAUGCACCAUGUGCGAACGCUGAAGAUAAUGCUGCGCGUGUACGUCCGGGAGUUGAAGGAGAACCUCCAGAUGGACUCGGGCAGACUGGACUGUCUGUUCCCCCGCUUGGAAAACCUCCUCGAGCUUCACACACAUUUCCUGUCUCGUCUCAGAGAGCGGCAGCGAGAAAGCCUCGUCUCACCCAACGACAAGAACUACACUAUCAACAGAGUUGCAGACAUUCUGAUCGCACAGUUUUCAGGUGAAAUAGGUGACAGGAUGAAGGAUAGCUAUGGGGAUUUCUGUAGUCACCACACUGAGGCUGUCAGCUACUACAAAGAACAGCUGCAUAACAACAAAAAGUUCCAAAACAUCAUACGAAAAAUCAACAACCUGUCCAUCGUGCGAAGGUUAGGAGUGUCCGAGUGUAUUCUGUUGGUGACACAGCGCAUUACCAAGUACCCGGUACUGGUGGAACGCAUUCUGCACAACACUGAAGCGGGUACAGAGGAGCAUGAGGAUCUGACUCGGGCGCUGGGUCUGAUUAAAGACACCAUCGUUCAAGUUGACACGCUGGUUAAUCUCCACGAGAAGGACUCUCGACUGCGAGACAUACACAACAGGAUGGAGCUGAAGGCACUGGGAAAAAUCAAAGAUGGGCGAGUGUUUCGCAGGGAGGACCUGGCACAGGGCAGGAGACGGCUGCUGCAUGAGGGCACAGUCAACUGGAAAGCUGCUUCUGGCAGGCUCAAAGAUAUUCUUGCAGUGCUCCUGUCAGAUGUGUUGCUCUUGCUACAAGAGAAGGAUCAGAGAUAUGUAUUUGCUACAGUGGACAACAAGCCGUCAGUGAUCUCUCUUCAGAAGCUGAUUGUCAGGGAAGUGGCCCAUGAAGAGAAAGCCAUGUUUCUUAUCUGCGCCUCCUCCAGUGAGCCCGAGAUGUACGAGAUCCACACCACCUCCAAGGAGGAGCGGAACAGUUGGAUGACACACAUACGGCAAGCUGUUGAGAGCUGUCCUCAUACAGAAGAGAGGCUGUUCAGCGAGGAGGAAGAGGCACGAGCUUUCAGGUUCAAAGAAUUUCAAGAACGGCUGAGCCAGAAGGAUGCAGUGAUCGUCCAGGCUCUUACUGAGAAGCUGCAGAUGUUUGCAGACAUGGCAGAGUCUGUGGCAGGUAUCGAGGACACAGCUUCACGUACCAGACUUCUGCUUCGCGGAGAUGCCUCAGACCUCCAGCAGGGGGAGGCCCUGCUCAAGGGAGCUAUCACUGAGGUGGAGAACCUCCAGAACCUGCUGCAGUCCGGGGUGAGAGAGGAGGCUCCAUCCUCACGGCUGGAGGAAGGGAGUGGCUCUGGGGUUCUGCCUAGGCGAGCAGACACCUUUGGGGGCUACGACAGCAGCCCAACCAUCCUCAAUAAGAAUGGCAGUGUGAAGAAGAACUUUUCUGGCGAGUCUAGAAACAGAGACAGAAGCCAGAGAGCCAGCUCUGACCCACAGCUCAAAGACCUCUGUGGCAGCCACACCCUGGAGCAGACGGUUGAUGAGAGCUGCUGCUCUCCUGCCAGAUGGAACAGCAUCUGGUCCAACUCCUUCCCCGAGGCUGAGUUCUUUGACAGAGUGCUGAUGCUCUCCCAAAGGCUCUAUAGUCUGCAGGCCAUCAUAACACAGCGGGACAGUCACAUUGAGUUGCAGCGGGCCUCCCUACCUGGCCGUCACAGAGGAAAUGUGCUCCUUGAGCAGGAGAAACAGCGGACUCUGGCUCUGCAGAGAGAAGAGCUGGCCAGCUUCCACAAGCUACAGUCUCAGCACCGGCAGGAGCAGCAGCGCUGGGAGCGGGAGAGAGAGCGGCACCGCCAACAAGUCGAGGCCACUGAGGCCAGGCUCCGACAAAGAGAGGAAGAGUGCAAACAGCUGGAGGAGCAUCUGGCAGAAGAGAGGAAGGAGCUGGAGAGUCAGAGGGAGAAGUACCAGCAUGACCUGGAGAGGCUGAGAGAGUCUACCAGAGCUGUCGAGAGAGAAAAGGAACGUCUGGAACACCAGAAGAAGAACAAGAGGAAAACUAUUGAGGUGGCUCCUAUGACUGGCAGUCUGAACGGUGAGCUGCUAAUGCCCCCCGGCCUCGCCACCUCCACCACUAUCUCCGAACUGCCCCUGCCUCAGAAGCCCCUGGGGCGCGGCAGCCUGUCCGUUGCACCGGCGGACUAUGCAGAGCGCCCUGAAGUCAUGUUGCGGCGGGAGACGAGCUCCUCCACCCUGCCGCUUAAGACGGAGGUGCCCCUGCAUCUCUUCAGCACCACCAACCAGCUGCACAAACCGGUGGGGGUGCAGCAGCAGAUCCCCACCAAGCUGGCCGCCUUCAGCAGCAACAAAGGGAAAGGAGGCAAGAUUGGCAAAGCGUCACAUCGCACUGACAGCACUGCAUCAGUGGAUAUGAAGCAGAUGCUGCCGCUGAAGCUGUCCGCUCGAGACGACAACACCCUCAAGGCCAAGCGCUCCAUCAGCCCCCACCAGCAGCUCGCAUCAGCCACUGCUCAGCCUCACUCCCUGCAUCACCACGCAGAUCAACUUAGUCCUCCAGACAGCAGUGGAUCAGACAGCCAGUCCACCUCCUCCAUCAACACCUCCCACCCUCCAAAUGUUCAGAAACCCCCCAUGCCCCCUGCACAGUCCCAUCCUCAGCCCCCCGUGCAGCCUCCCACCAUCCCUCCCCACUCGCAGAGCACCAGCUCCCUCCAGUUCCCUCCUCAUCUGCAGCCGCAGGGCCCCAGUCCAAACGCUCAGGCCCACGUCCAGGUAAAUGUUCAGGGCCUCACCCACAGCCACAGCAUGCCACCACCCUACAAAGUCAACACAGAGGAUCUCAAUAAGGAGGACGUCAUCUUCUUCUAAGCUCCAGUCGGCGGCCAACGGAUCAACCGCUGAUCACAAACAAAAGAAGAAAAGAACCAUGUGAUCAAUCAUGUGCGCCCCGCUCCAGUGAGGCACUGAGAUGCGAUAAUGUGGUGUUGAUGGUAUGUUUAGUGCAGGAAGGUGUCAAACAAAGAAAGUUGCAGCAUUCCUCAGCAGAGAGCAGAGCAUUUGUCAGCACUACAGCGGCCCUGUGCAGAAAGAAAAAUGUUAUUGAAGGAAGGUGACAUUUUAGUUUUAACCCCCAUCUUUGUUUUUAUGCUGCCACAGUUUCUUUUUUAUUUUAUUUCUAGUUUAAUUUCUUAACUCAAGAGGACAAGUAUAAAGAGGAAACCUUCGCCAAAACAAAGGCUUCUUGUAACAUGUAUAAAAAGGUUUUUAUGAAGUUAUACCAAUCCAAAGACAUGAGCCGCAAGAGCUGAUGGGGAUUCGACUGAAAGAAUCAAUGUGAAAGAACAGUCAGGAGGCAUCCAGGCUGAUUAGUGAAGCAUGAAAAGUUAAAGAUGCAGCGAUGGCGCCCAUGGCCUUAACUGUCUCCUUCUGCUGGACCUGGAACCACAAGAAAUGAUUCAGCUCUUAAUACAUGUGUAUUUUGCACAGUGUAAAUAUUCCAUUAAUGAACUUCUAUGGACUAAAUGUGUAUUGUUUUGUUGUACAGUUGUCAAAAUUGCGACGGUUCAUUGCAUUUUGUUCUUGCAAAAAGGUUGAACACGUGGAAUACAUUUCUAGAGUUGCCACUAGAACACAUUUGGUCAGCAGAUUAGAAACAUUUUUUUUUCCCAGGUGGUUUUGUAAUAAUUCAUUUCAGUUAAGGAAGAGUUCAGCUUGAGGCUAAUUCUACUGUUAUUCCAACUCGUGAAAAUGAGACAAACUCGGAUGCAUUCAUUGUGUCUGUUGCAGUUUAAUGUUAUGUCAGGUAAUGUCAGGUACUUAGAUUAAGAAAUGUUUCAAGAAAUGCCUCACUGAGUUUGUCUCACUCUGUCAGUUUAAGAGGCACAUCUGUACGAUCCGUGACAUUUCAUGCUCAAUGUUGUUUUAAGUGUAAAAUUCAUUUUCAAUGGUUCAUCAAAGCAAAGAAAAAAAUUUGGGACGAUAGACUUACGAGAGAAAUUAAGUAAUAAUCACGUGGAAAUUUGUUGAUGUGCACUGAAAAUAUUAAAAUCCAUCAUCAUACUUAUAAUAGGUAUAAGCAGAUAUGACGUUGCACUAGUUGAUCCAGUAAAAUAAUAACAGUCGAACAACGUAGCAAGGCCUAAAUGUGCAUACUGGAGCAUGGGGUCACUCCUGCGGUACAUAUUAUUCUUAUUUUUAUUUAAUACUCGUUCCUCCUUAACCUUUCUCUGACUCUUCUGCAGACUCACAGGACAAACGCAGUCUCCAGAAGUUUUAUGGUUUCCCAGUUCAAUCCACUUCAGCCCUAAUUUCAAGUCAGGAAAUGAAAAGUUCCUGUGAUUGACGAGUCAUGUUUUUGAAAGCUUGUAUCUCUGGGCUUCAAUUUGCUGACUUGACAGUUUGUAAAUUUUUCAGGAUGAGUUCAUUUUAGCUAAGCCAAUAUAUCUUUGAGAUAAAUGCGAGGCUGUCAGUUUUAAUUGAGACCCUGACAGUGUAUUUUAUUGAUAGCUGAUGACAUUUCAUUAACCGGGUCUUUAAUCUCUGUGCCUGACAGAAAAGCAGUACUGUGAUGCGCACAGUGGUCCUGCAGCAAAAAAAAAAAAAAACGUCGACAGCUGUUGUGUAACAGACCAGUCUUUAUCUUUCUUCACUGAAGAAAUACGGAGCUGUCCAUUUUCUUUCUCUGUAUAUACGUGAGAACCCUUUAAGUCUUAAAGUAGUUGACACAUUCACGUGUUUUGUAUCUCUGGAGGGAAGAACGUCAGAGGAGCUCUUUGUCUUUCUCCAAAUAAGCUUGUCUCUGAAGCUAUCGAUCACUAGCUGGCGGGCUUUCUGAUUGUUUAUGUAUAAUAUGUAUAUUGUUGUACAUACUGUAUGUGAUAUCUUCUGCACUGGCUGCCCUUGAAUGCAUUCCUGUAUUAGGAACAGAGAUAUUUGACAUGAAUCGCGAUGCGUUCAGCCAAAAGACUGUGCAUAUGUGUAUAUACACUUACAAUACACACGUGGGUAUGUAUGUACAAUACGGUACGCCUUGCUUGGACAGACUUGUUCAAUCAAACCACAAUCAGUCGUUGCUGUUGUUCUAAAUGACAUGAAAAUGAGGGUGUGUAUAUUUAAUCCCCUGCUGUGUGAUGAUGUCGUAGCAUUGAAGUCGAGGUGCACUGUCUGCCGUCUUUUCUCCUGCGAAUCACGGGCAUCGUUUCACCAAGAUUAUGUAGCAGUCACGAAAACAAAAUCAUCUGCCUGUUUCAGUCGGUUAAACCAAAGACACAUUCGGCUGACUGGGUUCCUGUCUGUUCUCUCGUAUGAAGGAUAAAUGACACUGUGCCGGUCGUGUGGUCAUCCACAAAGUGUUAUUACUUGUAAAAACGUCGUCCAGGGAGUGUCCAUAAGAAGUGUGUUUACAGCACAUUGUAGUCCAGCUCAUAUCCUGUUUCUUUUUUCGGUGGAUUUGCUGUUUGUUUUUUCGCAUCCAAACGACAGAAAUCUCUUUAUACACAGAGAAUCAUCUUGAAACCAGAGCGUACACAAACGGUAAAUCAAGUGGGGGGCAAUAAGUUUCCCAGUAUUCUGGUUUAUAGAGGCACAACCCAAAUAUAACAUCUGAUUAUCAAGAUAUGAAGAAAGGAUAUUAUAUAUGUAUGUCAUCUCUUAAACACAAUAACAAAAGAAUAUUAAUGUGCAUGUGGACUUGCUUGGUGUGUUUAAGUGGAUUGAACUUUGUAAAAACUUUCUAGACAGAACAACUCAAGGGCCACUUGCAAGCUUUGUUUUCCACUUUCCAGUUUAAUAUCUGUACAAUUAAGCCCAGUGCUUAACUUGAAGGUCAUCACAGACGAGACGUCCUUAAAAGUGCUAUCAGUGAAAUUCAUGGCAGCUACUGAUCUCGCAUGUCAGGACAACUCCAUCUCCUGAUGAAGACCAUGCGAUGCGGUUGAAAGCUUUGGGAAAAGUGGAGCUUGAGUUGGGAUAGUUCGAAACUAAUUUUUUUUUUCCAUUUUCCAAUUUGAUGCCGUUUGAAGAAACACAACUCAACAAGUCUUAAAUGUUCUUUUGCUGUACUGAAAUGCUUAACCUUUUUUGUCUGUUGUAAAACUUGGAAGCCAGUCAGUCACAUCACUGUGUGUGUGUGUGUGUGAGUGUGUAUGCGCAUGUGUGUGUGUGGGUGUGUGUGUGCUCGGCAUAAACAUUGACUUGCUUACUGUCAUGUUUUUUUUAUACACACACUCAUACACACAUAUUGGACCUGUAAUGUGUAAAUAUUCAUGAACAUAUUAUAUUUCCUCGGCCAAUUUUACACUAGUCACUUUGGAUAGUAGCAUACUUGAAGGGGAAAAAAAAUGAAUGUCUAUAUUGCUUAUUAUUAUUGUCUGUGAACUUUUAAUUACCAAGAGCUGUCUAAUGACGUUUGUAGCACACAGCAAAACUGAUUUUUGUACCGUUUAUUUUAUUCACUGCAAGACGUUAGAACGACCUGUGGACACAAACUGCUGCCUUAGAGAGAGUUUAGUAAUAAAAAAUAAGUCUUAAAAUGA